GUGCAGAACAUCUCCCAGUCGAUGGAGGUGCUGGAUCUCCGGACCUACCGGGACCUCCAGUACGUGCGCAACACCGAGUCCCUGAUGAAGGGCUUGGACUCCAGGCUCAAAGUGGCUGCUGAGAGCCAGAAGAGCCUCAAUGCCAAGAGCUUCCAGGAGCUCAAGGACAAGAUGACGGAGCUGCUGCCUCUGAUGCCCGUCCUGGAUCAGUACAAGUCGGACACGAGGCUGAUCGUGCACCUGAAGGAGGAGGUGAGGAACCUCUCCGGGAGCUUGCUGGCCAUCCAGGAGGAGAUGGGCGCCUACGACUACGAGGAGCUGCAGCAGCGGGUGCUGAUGCUGGAGGCACGGCUGCACGCCUGCAUGCAAAAACUGGGCUGUGGGAAGCUGACGGGUGUCAGCAACCCCAUCACCAUCCGAGCAUCGGGCUCCCGCUUUGGGUCGUGGAUGACCGACACGAUGACGCCCAGCGCCGACAGCCGGGUGUGGUACAUGGACGGUUACUACAAAGGCCGCCGUGUCUUGGAGUUUCGGACCUUGAACGACUUCGUGACGGGACAGAACUUCGUGCAGCAUCUCCUGCCGCAUCCCUGGGCCGGCACCGGCCACGUGGUCUUCAACGGGUCCCUCUACUACAACAAAUAUCAGAGUAACAUCGCGGUGAAGUACCACUUCCGCUCCCGCAGCGUGCUGGUGCAGCGCAGCCUCGCCGGCGCCGGCUACAACAACACCUUCCCUUAUUCUUGGGGUGGUUUCUCUGACAUCGACUUCAUGGUGGACGAGAGCGGGCUGUGGGCUGUCUACACCACCAACCAAAAUGCCGGCAACAUCGUGGUGAGCCGGGUGGACCCCACGACGUUGGAGGUCCUGCGGAGCUGGGACACGGGUUACCCCAAACGAAGCGCUGGAGAAUCCUUCAUGAUCUGCGGCACGCUCUACGUCACCAACUCCCACCUUGCCGGUGCCAAGAUCUAUUUUGCCUACUACACAAACACUUCCAGCUACGAAUACACGGAUAUUCCCUUCCACAACCAGUAUUCCCACAUAUCCAUGCUGGACUACAACCCGCGGGAGAGGGUGCUCUACACCUGGAACAACGGUCACCAGGUCAUCUACAACGUCACACUCUUCCACGUCAUAAAGACAUCGGGUGAGCUGUGA